CUCAUGAGUCACUUUACUCAUUUCCAAUCACAAACCCGGAAUUCCCCGGACCGGAAAAGCACCGAGGCGGGAGAACCUCCGGGCCAAAGCGAAAAGAUACUCUUCCUUCCUGUCUAUUCUUUCCAGCAGAGACGUCCGAAGAGCAGAGACAGGGGAAGGAGCGAGCGAGGGGUUCGUUAAUGGCGUCGAGUCCCACUUCUUCUUGCAGCUCUUCGUACUCGUCGCCAUUUUCAUCUUCCAAGUUCUCGCAUCUUCCCGUGAUGGCUCUCAAGGACAAGAUUGUAGAGAAGAUUCUGGAGAAUCGCGUCACCUUGAUCGUUGGCGAGACCGGCUGCGGGAAGAGCUCGCAAAUUCCCCAGUUUCUUUUGGAAGAAAAUAUAGAACCUAUACUAUGUACACAGCCAAGGAGAUUUGCUGUUAUUGCUGUUGCUAGAAUGGUUGCAAAAUCUCGUCAAUGUGAAGUGGGGGAUGAGGUUGGGUAUCAUAUUGGACAUUCAAAGGUUGUGUCAGCAAGGUCAAAAAUUGUUUUCAAAACUGCUGGCGUCUUGUUGGAAGAAAUGCGAGAGAAGGGCUUGAAUGCACUUAAAUACAAAGUUAUCAUUCUUGAUGAAGUACAUGAAAGAUCUGUAGAGUCUGAUCUUGUCCUUGUUUGUGUGAAGCAAUUUAUGUUGAAAAAUAAUGACCUGAGGGUGGUGUUAAUGUCUGCUACUGCUGAUAUUGGAAGAUACAGGGAUUACUUCAAGGACCUUGGAAGAGGUGAAAGAGUAGAAGUGAUAGCAAUCUCUAGCUCUGGUCAGCACACCAAUUUUCAGCGAAGGGUUUCCUAUUUGGAGCAGGUAACUGAAUUUCUUGGAAUUAGUUCUGAGUCAUUGUCUGACACAUACUGUUCUGGGUCAAGCCCUUCCUUGUCUGAUGCUGAUAUUAAGCCUGAGGUGCACAAACUAAUUCAUGAUUUGGUGUUACACAUUCAUGAUAAUGAGCCAGACAUUGAGAAAAGCAUUUUGGUUUUCCUUCCAACCUACCAUUCACUGGAGCAGCAAUGGUACCUCUUGAGGCCUUUGUAUUCUUCAUUCAAAGUUCACAUCUUACAUUCCAGCAUCGACACUGAGCAAGCUCUUAUGGCUAUGAAAAUAUGGAAGUCCCAUCGUAAGGUGAUACUAGCCACAAAUAUUGCAGAAUCAUCAGUGACAAUUCCCAAAGUAGCAUUUGUCAUUGAUUCAUGCCGUUCUUUACAAGUUUUUUGGGACAGUAAUCGGAAAAAGGAUUCUGCUCAGCUUGUCUGGGUUUCUAAAUCUCAGGCUGAGCAGCGCAGAGGAAGAACUGGUCGAACUUGUGAUGGCCAGGUCUAUCGAUUGAUUACUGGAUCAUUUUUUAAUCAGCUGCAGGAUUUUGAAUGUCCUGCUAUACAGAAGUUGUCAUUGAGGCUGCAAGUACUCCUGCUGUGCUGUGCAGAAUCUAAAGCCAUAAAUGAUCCCAAAGUCUUGUUGCAGAAGGCUUUGGAUCCGCCAGAUCCUGAAGUUGUUGAAGACGCAUUGAGUUUACUUGUUUACAUCCGAGCAUUGGAGCAAACAUCUGCUAGAGGCCGGUAUGAGCCCACAUUCUAUGGACGACUUAUUGCCAGUUUCUCAUUGUCUUUUGAUGCUUCUGUCCUUAUUAUUAAGUCUGGAGACAUAGGAAUGCUACGUGAAGGUAUACUGCUUGGCAUUUUGAUGGACACACAGCCUCUUCCAAUUAUUCAUCCAUUUGGGCAAGAAAUUUUGGUAUCAACUUUCAAGUGUUUAAAUCUUACAAUUUUACAUACUCACGAUUGCUUGGACAAAUGUUCUUUCUGUUUAAUAACUUGUAUUCUUCAGUUCACAGAGUACACCGACAGCUACCUUGGUGGAUAUGGUAACAAGGCCCUUAGUGGCAGAAAAGAGGUGAUAUUUAUGGCGAACCUAUCUGCAUUUCAUUUUUGGCAGCGAGUUUUCAAGGAUAAGCACCGUCUUGAGCAUUUGAAACAACUGCUGAAUUUUGGUGAGAUGAAAGCUACCCGAGCAUUGGUCCCUAAGAUUGAACAAGAAUGGUGCUCCUUCCACAAUCUUGUGCAAUCAUCUCUGCAGCAUAUCUCUGAAAUAUAUGAGAAUAUAUUAAUUUCAGUGCACCGGUUUCGGCCUAAAUUUUUGGUUAAAUCAGACGGUCUACCUUUUUACUAUGAUCCUUAUGAAUUUGAGCAUACGUGUCUUCUCAAAAGUGAGCCAAGUGUCGAUGCAGACGCAAUUGCUACUGAUGAUGAGAAAUUUGAGAGAGUUAGUGGAACAAUGAACUGCAUUGCUGUGCCAUUUGUUGCUUCCAGCCAUUUUCGAAACAAUGAUGUUGCUGAAAAUAUGGCAACAAUUAUUAAAGAGAUGAGAGCUCAGUAUGCUGAAGACAUACCUGGCAAUCAGCAGAGUGAUGUUAAUGAUAAUGGUUUCGAUGUGGUUGGUGAGCGUGCUUUAUGUAGAUUUUUUCUCAGUGGGUCUUGCAAUAGGGGCAGUCAAUGCUUAUUCUCUCAUUCACUUCAGGCCAGAAGACCUGUUUGCAAAUUUUUCCUUUCUUUCCAGGGUUGUCGUUAUGGAGAUUCUUGUUUUUUCCUUCACGAUCUAGGUGCAUCUGGUUCUUCAUAUAAUGAAUCAAGUUUAUGUGUGCCAGAAGAUGGAGAAGCUGAUGCUGCGUCAUUUUUAAAAUUGCUUCCUACUUCUGAUGGAUCCGUUCUUGUAUUGGAUGAUACUGAUUUGCAUUUCUCCUCAAAUCUCUCUCGUUAUUGUGAUCCUUCUAAGAUAAUCUGCACAACAUGUCUGUCAGAAACAUCCAUAUGCGAACCAUCAUUAACUAACAUUAGAAUUCUCUGGGGCCUCCAUCACCCAGACAACUCAAUCAUGUCCCAAGGAAGGGAGAAUCCAAUCCCAUGGGAUGAAGUCAAAUGUGUCUUAUGGUUUCCUAACUUUGAUAGUUGUGGUGAAAGUUUGGUAGAAAAGAGACGGCUCAUGCAGAAAUUCUUUGAGUAUCUAACAAUCCGAAUGCUUGCAGAUGCCUUAUAUGAAAUGCAAGUUAUUGUUACCAUGAACAAUCUCAGAUUUUCACAAUUAGAGGUGGAAAAGCUGGGCAGAGAUUGCUUCUUCUACCUGACAGAGUCAUUUCCAUUUGAUGAAUCAAACUUGGGGGAGCUGUCGGACACAGUGGAAACUAAAAAACCGAUGUUAGCAUCAAGAGCUAUCUCAUAUGUUUUUGAUUUGCACCCUCCUACUGACAUUCAGUUUGGUGAUUACACCACCAUUUUUCACAAAUGCAUGCAUGCAUGAUAUCCAGUAGGAUGCAUAGAAGGUUUUUUGGCCUGUGCCUUUGAAGUCAUUGUUUAUUUAUUAUGUCUUAAGAAGUACAGGUGUAGAUGUUAGUUGUGUCAUUUGGAGGACUGCCUUCGGCCUUUUGUCUUUCCCUAUGAUGAGCAUAGGGAUUGCUGUCACACACAGUGCGUAUUAUAGGGAUUUGUCUUCAUGUGUGACCAAUCUAGUGGGUUAUUUAUUAUUAUGAUUUAGAGCUUUUGAUUUGUAAAUUUAUGUCUUUGUUAAUUGUAAGGUGUUUAAAUGUCAGGUAGCUGGGUUGUGAAACAUUGGGUGGUUGGCUUUUGAAUCAAAUCAAUAUUGCCCUUUCCAUUUCUUCUC